AUGUAUGAAGGUGCUGUAAAACAGAAACGGAAGUUUCCUCAAAAAGUUAUGGAUUGGCUGGGAGUUUGUUCCAAGGGGGUUUCGCCUUUGAUUAUUUUCGAAGAUGGUUGGGUAGAUCAUGCAAGAUAUAUUCGAGAGGUGCUUCCCAUUGCACUCGAAUAUGGUGAUCAAGUCUUCGGAGACCAACGGACUUUCCAACAAGAUGGUACAAAACCUCACAUUCAUCAUUUAACGCAACAGUGGCGUCGAGACAACUUUCCAGUAUUCAUUGACAAAGAUCAUUGGCCUCCUAAAAGUCCUGAUUUCAAUCCUUUGGAUUAUUCAAUAUUGGACGAGUUUGCUCCCGUUAUCUAUUGUGAUAAAGUGAAAUGUAAAAAAACUCUAAUUGAAGAACCAAAACGAUCUGUUAAAAAAAUUCGACCGGAAGUUGUAUUUGAAAGUUGUACAUCUUGGACCAAAUGA